AAGGAGUGGCUAGCGGGGCACAGAGGGGGGGAGCCCAGUGCGGUGACGCUCUAGCCUCCGAGCGCUGUCUCUAUGCUCCCCCGCGUCUAGUCUAUUUAUUGUCGCGGGGAAGCAGCGGCCGCCCCGGACCCGGAACAACAAAGCGCGAAAGAGGGAGCCCGUGCCUCGGGGGCUCCUAGCAACGGGCCGGGGCGGGAGUUCCAUGGAGACUGGGGAGCGCGCCCGCCUCAUCAUCAUCCUCGUCCUCCAGCUUAUCCUUCGCGUCCGACGCCACCGGCAUCAGCGCUCCUGCCGCGUCCUCUGCCGCCGCCCCCUCUUCCCACGGAUGUGAUCUUCGUGGUGGGAAGCUAAGUUUUUAAACUACCCCAAUGGAUGCAGACAGUGAUGUUGCAUUGGACAUUCUAAUUACAAAUGUAGUCUGUGUUUUUAGAACAAGAUGCCAUUUGAACUUAAGGAAGAUUGCUUUGGAGGGAGCAAAUGUAAUUUAUAAGCGUGAUGUUGGAAAAGUAUUAAUGAAACUUAGAAAACCUAGAAUUACAGCUACAAUUUGGUCCUCAGGAAAAAUUAUUUGCACUGGAGCAACAAGUGAAGAAGAAGCUAAAUUUGGUGCCAGACGUCUAGCCCGCAGUCUGCAGAAACUAGGUUUUCAGGUAAUAUUUACAGAUUUUAAGGUUGUUAAUGUUUUAGCAGUGUGUAACAUGCCAUUUGAAAUCCGUUUGCCAGAAUUCACGAAGAACAAUAGACCUCAUGCCAGUUAUGAACCUGAACUUCAUCCUGCUGUGUGCUAUCGGAUAAAAUCUCUACGAGCUACAUUACAGAUUUUUUCAACAGGAAGCAUCACAGUAACAGGGCCCAAUGUAAAGGCUGUCGCUACUGCCGUGGAACAGAUUUACCCGUUUGUGUUUGAAAGCAGGAAAGAGAUUUUAUAAUUCAUCACUUAAUUGGUUAGAAUCCCUAACUGAGCACCUUUUAAAACCUGCUGCACAUUGGACUCAAAACAAAAG